AUGCUGCACAGAGCAGCAACUGCUGCUGCUGCUGCUGCUGCUGUUGCUGCUGUUGCUGCUCCUUCUCCUGUUGCUCUUGCUGCUGUUGCUGCAGCAGCUGCCGCUGAAACGGCUUCUACGCUGCAACCUUCUCGGGGAAAGAGGAACAGCAGCUACUGCAGCAGCAGCAACUCUUGCAGCAGCAGCAGCUACAUUGGCAGCAGCAGCUACUGCGGCAACAGCCACACGCGCAGCAAUUGCUGCUGUUCUUCGAGUAGCAGUAGCAGUAGCAGUAGCAGCAGCAGCAGCGGGUAUUUGAAGGCCUGGAGGAGAAACUACUGCAGCAGCAUCAGCAACAGCAGCAGGAGCGACAGCAGCAACAGCAGCUACAGCAGCAGCAGCAGCAGGACCAGCAAGACUCCUGCCUUCUUGCCAUUUGAUUCAUCAGCACUUGUCUUCUCCGGUGUCUCCUUGCGGCAGCAGCUGCUGCUGCUGUCCCUGCGUGCAGCAGCAGCAAACUCAAAAGCAGCAGCAGCUGCUGCUGCAGCAGCUGCUGCAGAGAGAUGGGGAUGGUAUUUGCGUGCAGCUGCUGAACAGCAGCGCAAGUCUCUAGCAUGCAUAUGCAACGAGGCGUUGCUGCUGCUGCAGAACGCUGCUGCUGCUGCUGCUGCAUCAGCAGCAACAGCAAAAACACCAGCAGCAGCAGCAACAGCAACAACAGCAGCAGCAGCAGCAGCAGCAAAUUCAGGCGUGUCUGUUACCCAUAUCUGCAUAGAAGGCGCCAUACCCUUGCUGCAGCAAGUUGCUGCUGCUGCAUGCAUGCCCUUAAAGGAGAAGCAGCAGCUCCCCUUUGUGCGGCAGCUGCUGCUGCUGCUGCAGCAGUGCAGCAAUAAUGAGCUGCAGCAGCUGAGUCCUGCUGCUGUUGCUGCUGCUGCUACUGCUCUCAAGGAACUGGAUCUGCUGCAGGGUGCAGCAGCACGUGCUGCUGCUGCUGCACUACUUGAUAAGGUAGAGAGUCUGCCGCCGCUGCUGCUGCUGCAGGCUGCUGCAGCUAUCGGGCCUGUCUUGCAGCAGCAGCAGCACCACCACCACCCGCAGCAGCAGCAGCGGUUGCUGCAGCAGCUGCAACACAAACUUAAGCAGCAGCUGCGUAGACACCAGAGUUGCAUGCAACCAAGCAGCAGCACAUUUAGCUGCCUAUACACCCGAGCUGCUGUGGGGUGUCUUAGAUCUUAUGAGUGGGAGCAGCUGCAGCAGCAGCUGCUGCAGCAACUGCAGCAGCAGCACAGGCUAGAGGACGCAGAGCUUGUGCAUGCAGCAGCAACAGCUGCAGCAGCAGCAGCAGCAGGCCGCUGCAGCAGCGAGCUCGUUACGGUGUUUCUAUGUCGUCACUUCCUCCUGCGGUUAGGAGGAGGCGAUUUGCUGCAGCAGCAACAGCAGCAACAGCAGCAACAGCUGCAACAGCAGCAGCAGCAGCAACAGCAACAGCAGCAGCAACAGCAGCAGCAACGGCAGCAGUUGCUGCAGCAGCAGCAUACAACGGAGUUUUUGCUGCAGUUGCUGCAGCAGCAGCAGUUUGGCUCUGCAGGAUCAGAAGGAAGACCAUUGGCCUUCUGCGUGCAUGCGGCACUGCUGCCGGCGCUGCGGCAGCUACCUGCUGCUGCUGUGCUGCAGCUGCUGCUGAGUGCUGCGGAGUUGCUGUCUCCUCGAUCCUCGCCUCGCAUGCAGCAGCAGCAGAGUGUUCGUGGUCGGGUGUUGCUGCAGCAGCAGCAACAGAGUGCUAGCGCGCUGCUGCUGCUGGGGAUGCGUGCUGCUGCUGUAGCAGCAGAGAUGCAUGCAGGGCGGCUGCAGCAGCAGCAACUGCUGCAGCUGCUGCGUGGGAUUGCAUGUCUUGCUGAUGCUGCUGCUGCUGCUGCUGCUAGAUAUGAUGCAGCCAGCAGCAGCAUCAUUCAUGAUCAUCAGCAGCAACAGCAGAAGAAACAGCAGCAGCAGCAGCAGCAAGAGCAGGAACAGCAACAGCAGCACCUACAGCAGCAGCAACAGCAGCAGCUGCAGCAGCAGCAGGAUGCCUCACGAGAUCUCCUCCUUCAUCUACCACCGAUAUUGACGAAUGUCAUCGCUGAGACAACAAAACAUUUUAUGCUGCAGUGGGUACACUUGCUGCAGCAGCAACAGCAGCAGCAGCAACAGCAGCAGCAGCAACAGCAGCAGCAGCAGCAGCAGCAGGAGACUGAGGCAGCAGACAUCCUGUCCCCAGGAACUGCUACUGCCUGUCGACUUAUUGCUGCUGCUGCUUUGAGGUGCAGCAGAUCUACCACCAUCAACAGCAGCAACAGCAGCAACAGCAGCAGCAGCAGCAGCAGCAACUGCAGCAGCAGCAGCAGCAGCAGCAGCAGCAGCAGCGACGAGGCGAUGAAGCGUGCUGCUGAGGAGGCAGUAGAGGUAUUAAAAAUUUCUACAACUUUGCUGCCUUUCCUUAAUAUAGGAAAUAUACCCCAGCAGCAGCAGCAGCAACAACAGCAGCAGCAGCAACAACAGCAGCAGCAGCAGCAACAGCAGCAGCAGCAGCUGGUGGUGGAUCCCCGCGAGUUUGGGUAUUUGCUGCCGCUGCUGCAGCAGUUGCUGCCGGUGUUGGCACAUGGAGUUGCUGCUUUUCCUGUUCCUGCUGCUGCUGCUGCUGCUGCAGCAGCAGCAGCAGCAACAGCAGCAGCAGAUGCAGCAGUAGCAGCAGAACAAACAUUAGCAUUAGCGUUCCGUUCUGCUGCAGCAACAGCAGCAGCAAGUUUGCUGCUGCGUCUGAGGCCUCUGCUGCUGCUGCUGGGAGGAUUAAAUUCUGCUGCUGUUGCUGCACCUACAGAAGCAGCAGCAGCAGCAGCAGCAGCAGGGAAGCAUGCUGCUGUCUGUGAAUCAGCAACAAUGCUACUGUUGCUGCUGCAGCAACUGCAACAGCAGCAGCAGCAGCAGCAGCAGCAGCAGCAGCAAAUUGCAGGUUUACUGUCUCCUAGAGCAAACAAACACUGCGGCAAUGCUAUUGCAGCUAUUAAGGAACUACAAAAGGAUGAUCAGUUAAUGCGCACAUUAGCAGCUGUUAAUACCCUAGCAAACCCUGCUAGGGUUUAG